AGCAAGCCGGGCCUGGCCGCCGCCCUCCCCUCCGCCACCGAUCUCGGCGUGAGCGAGACGAAGCUGGAGCUGUGGCGCGAGCGCGGCGGCGGCGACCUCGAGCCGGUCCUCGCGAGCGGCGCCGUCGCCCUCCUCGACGCGCAGUGGAUCAUCAGCCACGCCGAGGCGGGCGGCGUCCUCACCCACCGCCAGGCGCUGCCCAAGGAGGCCUUCCUCUCCCUCGCCGACCUCGUCGAGGCGACCGGCGAGUGUGACCUUCCCUGGCUUCCCGUCGGAGCGCUCUCCUACCCGUGGCUGACCAAGGACCACCCCGACCCGCGCGGAGCCAACCUCGCCCGCGUCGCAAGGGCGCUCAAGGCCCUGCUCAGCGAUCCCGACAUCCCGCGGCUCGGCGUCUUUUGGGACUUCGGCUCGCUGCACCAGCACCCCGACCCCGCCAACGGCGUCGUGCGCACCGAGGAGCAGAACGCGCUCUUCAAGCAGGGGCUGGGCUGCCUCGGCACGCUCUACUCCCACCAGCACACUUGGGUGCUGCGGCUGACCUCCUUCCCGGACGGCCACAAGGCGGAGGACCAGGCCGAGGGCACCAACGUGGCCAAGUACUUUGACCGCGGCUGGUGCUUCACGGAGCAGAGCUGGGCCAGCCUGACAAAGGCUGGCCACCUCUCGCUCGACCUCGGCAAGAUGCGCGGCGGCAAGGAGUACGACUGCAACAGCCUCAUCGACGACUGCGUCCAGGAGGGCGGCCGGCGCCCUCCGCUGCUGCCGUCUGCGUUCGCGGCGGAGCUGGAGAAGAAGAGCUUCACCAACGGCAAGGACGACAAGCCGCUCGUGGAGCGGCUGUACGAGGCCGCCUUCGAGGAGCAGUUUGGCAAGGCGACCGAGCUGCUCUACGCCGACCUCGGCUGGGGCGACGCGGAGGCGGCGCAGCUGGCGGAGGUCCUCGCGAGCGGGGCAGCGCCGCGGCUCGAGACGCUCGUUCUCCACGGCAACAACAUUGGCGACGAGGGCUGGAAGGCGCUGGCCGCCGCCCUCAAGGAGGGGGCAGCGCCGCGGCUCGAGUACCUCACUCUCAACGGCAACAAGAUUGGCGACGAGGGCUCCAAGGCGCUGGCCGCCGCCCUCGGCAAGGAGGGGGCAGCGCCGCGGCUCGAGUACCUCGCUCUCAACGGCAACAAGAUUGGCGACGAGGGCUCCAAGGCGCUGGCCGCCGCCCUCGGCAAGGAGGGGGCAGCGCCGCGGCUCGAGUAUCUCUAUCUCCACAGCAACAAGAUUGGCGACGAGGGCUGCAAGGCGCUGGCAGCCGCCCUCAAGGAGGGGGCCGCCCCGAGCUUGAAGACGCUCUACG